CUUAGAACAACGCUCUACCGGUGUCGAGUUACAUGUGGUCAUAUAAUUAGUUCUUAGGCAGUCGGUCGUGCGGGCUGCGCGCACGACGCAGUUGUAAAAGUAUCUUACUCACGUCAUACAAUGGAAUCUAUAGCAGACGGGAUCGCCAUGUCAGUAAUAAUGGACUCUUCAGACCUGGAGAGAGAGUACUCUCCGAGCCAGUGGUCGACGCGCUUCGCCACCUCGCAGCAGGUGCUCCAGAACCACGUACAACUAGUAACCGCAGCAAGUGAAGAGGCAACCAACAACAUUCCCCAUAAACUGGAGAUCGAAUACGGAGCCACCUUAAAUCAGAAACUCGAUAUUUUCGGCACCGACUUACCAAACGAUUCGCCAAUCCUCGUGUACGUGCACGGCGGCUACUGGCAGGAGUUGAACCGCGAGAUCUCGCGCUACCCGGCUGGCCCGCUGUACCGCGCGCGUGUCAAGACCGUGGUGGUGGGCUACGACCUGUGCCCUUCCGCCACCUUGCCGGAGAUCGUGCAGCAGAUACAGAAUGCCGCCAGAUUCGUGUUCGAGUACGCUGACAAAAUGGGAUCGAGAGGUGUUUACUUCGCUGGUCAUUCAGCCGGCGCCCAUUUGGUGGCCAAGCUUCUGUCAGACGCCGACUUCCUGGACAACACGCCCGGCUCCAACCACCUGCAGGGCGCCUUCCUGAUCUCCGGCAUCUACGACCUCCGCGAACUAGUCCUCACCUCCGUCAACGACGCCGUCCAGCUUCCCACCGAGUGGGCUAUCCCGCUCUCUCCACAGUUCGACUGCUAUACGCACCUGCAAGCCAGAAGAGUACGACUAUAUAUCCUGGCUGGACAAAACGAUAGCCCAGUAUUCAAAAAACAGUCGAGAGAAUUCUAUGAACUUCUGCUAAACACUUGCCUGACCGCUGACAUGUACCUCGAAAUUAAGGAUGAGGUGGAUCACUUCGAUAUAGUAGAAUGUCUUGCAAAUGACGACAAUUAUCUUAAAAACCUACUGGUACAUGACAUAAGAAAGCAUUUGUGAUGAGUUGUCAAUGUUAAUUAUAUAAAACAUGCUUUUUAUAUUUGGCUUGGUAUGUUGUGCGCCUAAAAAUAAGUACAUAAGAGAUUUUUUUUUUCGUAAAAGCUUUUAAGUCACAAGCGAUUGUCUGGCGUGUUGAUAAAAAAUAAAUAGUGUGUUCUAAUGGCAUUUCAAAAGCAAAUCUUUUUAUAAAUUUUAAGUAUAAUAUAUAAACUCUAGUGGGUACGAAGAAGACUGUUAAUUAACAUAGUUUAAUUAGGUAAGAAUUAAGAUUUAUGUGUAGGUAGUCUAUAAAUUUACUAUAGCGUAAGCAUUUACACUCAAGAGCAAUUAAAACAUGUAAAAUGGGGUGAGAGAAAUACUGGGGCUUGUAGGGUAUCGUCAUAUUGUUUCUAUUGCCAGUCUCGGGGAAAUAAACUAUGUUUCUCUUACCCCACAUGGCUUUAUAGAAAUUCUAUCUAAUUU